AUGGAAGAGUCGAAGAAGCACGGCUGGAUCAAGCUGGAAAUCCCGGCAAACGAUGCGUACGAAGUGAUGGAGGGAACGGUCAGAAGAACGUGUCGGACACUGGACAGGGUGCUCGAGCGAGUGCGCGUCACUGUGCUCUCCACGAGCAAACCGCAGUUGAUCGAAGAGGACUACUGUGAAAAGUACUACGAGAUCAACUAUGAAAUCGAAAAAGACGAAUCGUUCUCCUUCCAAAUCAUCGACACCUGCCAAUUGUUUCUGAAAACGAUGAUAAAGGAAGUGAAAGUGACGACAGAUGAGAAAUAUGGAGUACGUUUAGACGUCGAUUGAAUUGAAUACGAGUUCCUUGAGAGUGUUGACAAUCCCGUAGAAAUAAGUACGGAAACGCAGAUCGAAUAUUCUACGUUAUUGUCACACUCUCAGUUCCUUCUUUUACAGUAUCCGAUGAUGCCCUACCAGUACGGAAGUCUCCUGCUCCACAGCGCCGACUUCUGGUCGCCAGACCUCUAUUGCCAUCACAAAGGAGUGCCUCUUUCGGCGAUUUACUUCGGAAACAUCCAGUCCGGCACCUUUUUCAAUCACUGGGAAAUCUCGUUCUGGGAGGAAACACUUAACGAAUUGGACACGAGGCGCAGUGUGAAGAAGAACAGAUUUCCGUUGUGGAAGAUCGCCGCCGAGUUCGAGUUCGACAAGAGAAAUAUUCUGACGGUGGGAUUCAUGACGCAGGAGAAGAUGCCGAAACAGAAUAAGAAGGAAGAGGUCAACUAUCAGGUCAUCGUAAGUGUCAUCAGGAGCAAUUUAGAAGGGGACCAGAGAACUGUGAACUUCAGAUGACAGGGGCCGCGAUCCGCCGAAUCAUUGUGGAACCGACGAUGACGGACCGGUUCGGCAAGGACCGAAUACGCAUUCAUUUCGACUUGAACGCUCCGCCAUUGAUCAGAAGAGGAACGAGACAGAACAAAGUGAGUUAGUUGGCUGUGUUUCCAAUUUGAUAUACGGGUUAUCCAGGAUGGCAGGAGCAUGUUCGCGCAGCCCUUCUUCAAGAGAAGAAAGACAAUUGACUUCGAGAUGAAGCAGUUAGGAAAGAACCACGGAUACGCGGACGCACUCGCCAUCUCCGACAGUUCCAUAUUCACGAUUGAGUUCAGGAGGGAUGUCCAAGUGAGUUCUAUUUCAGUUCGAUCCCCGAACACCCUCCAUCCUUUGCUUCCAGACACCAGAAAUCUACAAAAUCCUCUCCCGUCUCCGUAUUCGUACUGGCGUUUCUAUCGAAUUUGCCAGUUUGCAAUCGGUGAACAUUCUGAUGGGCCACCGAACGCCCUAUAAUCGCUGGACCAUCAGCAACGGAUGCGUCGAGCGCCCGACCUCCGAGACCGCUCGCUUCUUCGAUGAAUUCGUCAAAGCACCGGUACAUCUGAUGAGAAGGAACAUUGUCACCAGCUCUAAAAUGAAUCAUUUCAGCUUUUCAAAAGCCGGGAUAUACAAAUCGGAAAAAGAUUAAUAGACGUGGGUGCCGAGCGGAAGUUCUCAAUCGUCUUUCUAAUCGAAGCUCUUCUCUCGAGGGGCGCAAUUGUUAAAGAUCAACUGCUGCUGAAUGAAAGGCACUGGGAAUCGUUUCUGAAAUUGAUAACGGAGAACCUGGGCGACGACGGAAAGGAAGUGGAAGCAGCACUUGAGGAUCUGAUCACCAUGAUCGAUUGCAGAAAACGAUUGGGAUCAGUAACUCGCGUAAGUGCACCCGAAUACCCUUUAUUCAGGAUCAUAUAUCUCAGCUGCCGGUAGAGAUAUGAAAAAGUUAUCAACUGAUAUAUUGCUCCGGAACACAUUAUGCACAUUAUAUCGGUUGACAACUUUUUCAUAUCUCUAGCGGAAACUGAGAUACAUAGACUUGAAUUGACAAUAUCGCGGUACCCUUCUAUUACAGUAUUUACGGUCAAAUUCUCUAUGUUUUCAGUGUCUUCAAAAGCUAAUUUGGAAAAAAAAAUCGAAAGCGUUGUUGGGGUGGGAAGAAGAGAUGAAGGACGGAUUCAUGCGAGUUCGAAAAGUGAUUUUCACGCCGACGCGAGUGAUCUACACCGUUCCCGAGAUGAUUAUGGGCAACAGAGUGCUGCGGAUGUACGAUCCAGACGGAACCCGCAUUCUUAGAAUCACCUUCCGCGAUGAUAACAACCAGAAAAUGAGAGAGGGAACGACGGAAACGUUGCUGGAUCUGACGGCCAACAAAUACCUGAGCGACGGCGUGGUUGUGGCCAACAAACCGUUCGGUUUCCUCGGAUGCUCCAACUCUCAGAUGAGGGAUAACGGAGCAUACUUCAUGCUGAAAUACACCGACGAAGAGAUGAAGUCGCGACUGGCAAAAGGCAAAAGUAUGGAAGGAUACCAAGGAAAAAUUGACCGCACGAGGAAAAGUCUUGGAAAGUUCGAUAUGGUGGAGAGCAUUCCGAAGAGAAUGGCUCGAUUCGGACAAUGUUUCACACAGAGCAGGGUGAGUGAAAAGGACAAAUCCGUCGAUGAUCGUGAGUAUUCAGAGAUCGGGAGUCGGGAUGUUAAAGCACAAGUACACGAGAGUGAUGGACUACGAAGGGGGGAAGAACGCGAGCGGGGAAAAGUACACCUUCUCGGACGGAGUCGGACUCAUGAGUGCGGACUUUGCGCAGAAAGUGUCCUUGUCGAUGAACCUGGGCAAAGCGGUGCCCAGCUGUUUCCAAUUCCGUCUUCACGGCCGAAAAGGUGUGAUUGCCAUCGAGCCAGGAUUGGAUGAUAUGCGGAAAUGGGCGGAGCGCUGGUCCCUCAACGAGCGAUACAAAGUCGAUGAUCGGAAGAAGGAGAACGAGUUCGACUUCAACUGCGGGUUCCGUCGCAGUCAGUACAAGUUCGUGGCGCCGGCGAGCGACGGCGACGAAGUGGAAAUUGUGAAGUACUCGGCGCCAGUCCCUGUGGCUCUCAACAAACCGUUCAUCAACAUUCUGGACCAAGUGGCCGAGAUGCAAUCACUCGAAUGCCAUCGGCGAGUGACCGGAAGAGUGGAAGAGCUGAUGGACAUGCAGAUCGAACAGUUCGCGAAACAGAUGAACGAGGAAAGGUACUGUAGGAAUAAACUGAAGGUACGUGUAUCUGGAACCGGCAUAGAAGCACAACCAUUCCAUUUCAGGAGUUUCCCCGUCGAAUUGACAUCGACCGUUUGGAGACGACGUUCGGAUUCUCACUGGCCAGUGAGCCGUUCUUCCGUUCUCUCAUCAAGGCGUCCAUCAAGUUUUCGAUCAGUAAGUUUCGAAUCGAAACCGGCCUUGCAUAACAUUUCACUAUUCCAGCCAAACAGAUCCGAAAGGAGCAGAUUCCGAUUCCGAAAGAGCUCGGACGGUCGAUGCUCGGAGUGGUUGACGAGACGGGACAACUGCAGUACGGACAGAUCUUCGUCCAGUGCACCGAGAACAUCAACAUCAAAUUGCCAUCGAAGACUGCCGCUCGACGUGUGAUCACCGGCACAGUUCUGCUCACGAAGAAUCCGUGCAUCGUGGCUGGAGACGUUCGUAUUUUCGAAGCCGUCGACAUUCCGGAACUGCAUCACAUGUGCGACGUCGUUGUGUUCCCACAGCACGGUCCCCGACCGCAUCCGGACGAAAUGGCCGGAUCCGAUCUCGACGGAGAUGAGUAUUCUGUCAUCUGGGACCAGCAACUUUUGCUCGACAAAAACGAGAAACCAUUCGAUUUCACCGCUGAAAAGCUCGACGGAAAAUAUGACAAUAAAAAAGCGGUAAGUGAUAAGUGACGCAUUCGGGCACCGAAUGAAACUUUUGCCUUCAGCGUGAAUUGGAGCAAGAGUUCUACGUGAAAUAUCUGAAACUCGAUUCGGUCGGAUCGAUUUCGAACAGCCAUCUCCACUUGUCCGAUCAAUACGGAAUCAAUUCUCGAGUUUGCAUGGAUUUGGCAAAGAAGAACUGUCAAGCCGUCGAUUUCACAAAGUCAGGAGUGCCUCCUCUUCCUCUUGAGAUGAAAUGGAGAACAGACGAAGAAACGAAGGAGAUCAUCCCGCCGGAGAAGGCUGACCGAAUCCCGGACUUUCACGGGGAGACUAACGCACUGCCUAACUACAUAAGUCCCCGUCUGGCCGGAAAGCUUUUCCGUGAAUUCAAAGCUAUCGACGAUGUGAUCAAGGCGUCGGAGGAACGCGACGAACAGAUGGAUGUGGUCAUUGACGAGACCAUCACGACGCCAGGAUACGAAAGGUUUUUGGACAGUGCAAAAGAAGACCUGGCCAAUUACAACGGGAAUCUGAGAGUGAGUGAAUGAGCCUGUAGGAAACGGAAAGAGAAGAGUUUCAGGCGAUCAUGGAAGCGUACGGUAUCAAAACGGAAGGCGAAAUCAUUUCGGGGUGCAUAAUCGAAAUGAGGAACCGCAUUUCGGAGAAGGAUCAAGACGACAUGUCGUUCUACAACACGAAUCAGAUGAUCGAGACGAGAGUGACCAACCUGAUCAGCAGAUACCGCGAACAGUUUUUCUUGGUAACAAUCGUCUUCAAACACGUGCGUGGAUUUAGUUGAAUGUAUUUCAGGAGUUUGGCGGAUUCCGUACCACUUGUGACGAGAUUGACAACUCGCCGAAUGUGAGCAACUCUCUUCACUGGAGAUGCAACAAGCCUUCCAUGAACAUUCUCCAGAAGGCGACCGCUUGGUAUAAGGCCUGUUACGGUAAGAACAUCGAGUGAGAACGCACUGCUCACUGUUCAUUAGUGUUUCAGAAGAAGCCCAGUCGACAAAGGAAACGAGGAAACUCUCGUUCGCGUGGAUUGUCUACGACGUCAUCGCCCACGUCAAAAAGCAGUACACUCUGGACUCGGACACUCCGUUGAUAGGCGGCGAGAAUCCCAUGUACACAAUGCUCGAGAAGCACAGAAAACAAUUUCUCGCGGACUUUCCCAUUACCUACAAAUUCUUAUUGAGUCGGCUCGAAGCCGGAGAGAUGGUGGAAAGGGCGAAGAGCAUUCUGAACAUGUACUUUGAGAAGAAUCCUGGUCUCAAGAGUGUCGUGUUCAUUCUGCUCGAGUGGGCGGGUGUAUCGGAUCUGUUCAGGCACACACCGCUCAGAAAACAUCAUUUCGCUCUCAUUUUCAUCCUUUUCGCCACCCAAAAACACGUUUAUAACGGGGUUAAAGUGACUUUCUUCGACAAAAUUGACGAAGAGAAGUACGCGAAGGAAAAGGAAGAGGGUACCUUCAAGCCGAAUGAUGAAUUGUCCGAGAAUAAAAAGUCUGAUAUGGUACGUGUGCUCUUCGUUAGAUUCUGAAUCUACUUUUCAGUUUUUAGAUGAUCAAGUUCCUCGAGUUCCUCUCCUCGCGCAAGUUCCGUAAGAUGCCAAAUCUCUCUUUCUGUCGGCUCGGAUUCGAAUCGAUUUUCAUGCGUGGCGAGUGGCAUAUCUUCCACGUGGCGGCCCUCAAAACGUACUACACGAUUCUGUUCAACCUCCGAUUCGACGAACUGCGCGUCUCGACUGAUCCAGAGAAGACGGCGCGAACAAUCAUUCGAGAAAUCGAACCAUUUGUGAUCGAGUUGCCACGUAAGGGAAAAUUGAAGGAUUACUGUAAUGUGAACGACAUUUCAGAACAUUGUUCACCCGAAAAAGUGCGCGAGAGCCUGCUGGAGCACUCGGGAUGUUUGGAGAUUGAAAUGAGAUGUCUUGUGAGAAAGAGAAAGGAACAUGAGGAACAGCAUCCGACCGGUGAGAUCAGAAAUGAAGAGGAUUCAUGCUCACUUCCCUUUUCAGAGAGAUAUUUGGUUUCGUGCCGCGGAACCCUCGAGUCCACCUACCGACUCACAAAGCUCGUCUCCAUCAUGAUUCCGACAAAGAGCCAUUUCGAAGGAAAGGACGUCUCCAAACAGAUUGGAUUUCUGGUGCACAAAAAGAUUAUGGACGGACUAAUUUGA